AUGACUCGCUCCCAAGCUCGUGUUGGACAUCAAACAACCACAAACAAGCCCUCUUUGAGGAAGCGCGACCGCAACUCGAAAACCGCGGAGUUCAACGUCUAUGUCGAUCCUCAAACGGAAAAUGGCCUUCCUACACCUCCGCUGAAGAAGCCCAAGAGGAUCUCCCGCAGUCCCUUGUCGGUCAGAACCGGCUCUCCGAACAUCUCACCAGCGCCAUCUCCGCUUGGUCCUGAUACCCCGUUUCCAUAUUCGCCCGCGGACCCCUUCUGGUGCGACAAAGAGAACUACGACCGCCGCACUUACUACCUAACACCCCCUUCCACCCCGGUAGCCCGUCGUCCAUCAACUGUUUCUGCUGACACGCCGGCUCCCAAGAACAUGACAUUGUACAGCUUGCUUGGGCUCAACGACAGCAAGGCGAGCGACAAGAAGAUUCGAAUGGCGUACAAGAAGAUGGCCAUGAAGUACCACCCGGACAGGGCCGAUCAGGAAGAACGAUGUGCCGCCACGCUCCGCAUGCAGCGCGUGAACGCCGCGAGGGAUGUCCUGUUGGACCAGAAGCGCCGCAAGGCCUAUCACCAGAACGGACAGCUACCAUGGUCUAUGUGAGUACAACUGUUUAACUGGCGAUGAUUUGGUGUCUAUCUUUUGAGCGAAUGAUAGUGGGCGUUUGCUUUUUGAAGGUAUUUGGUGGGGGUGUUUGCUGCUUGGGGUUCUGAACGGCAUGCAUGGAAGGCGUGAAAAGUUUCAUUUUGUCGAAUCGCUCACACGCGCGCCCGGUACAUUACCUGGGUCCACGUCUGUCUGGGAGCCAUGAUUGUGUUAUUUCCAGCAUCAGUUCAUCAAAAUUUGGCGGCACUGCAUUGCUUGUUUUUGACCUUGGGGGAUGAUGCUGGGGAUUACCUAUCAAACUUGUCCACAAGUUUAGUAGGUCGUUAUCGCCAACACGAUGGAAGGAAUGUCAGGCAAGUGCAAAGGUGUCAAAGAGUUGCGUUCAAUCAGGGCUUGCGUUAUCUUACAAUCAAC